AUGGCGGAUACAGUCCCUUCAGCGAGUAGGCGCCGCGCCAAGCCUCAGCUCUCUUGCAACCUGUGCAGGCGACGGAAACUCAAAUGUGACCGCGAAUACCCCUGCGGUACGUGUUCAAAGCGAGGACUUGACAAAUCAUGCACGUACCCACCAAACGCCAUGCAACCCUCGAGUCCUGGGCGCCCAUCACCGAGCCUGCAGGCCCGAAUCCAACAGCUGGAAAACCUAGUGGUCAACUUAACGCAGACUAGUAAGGAUUCUACCGAUAUGCUAUCCCUCGCUCCAUCACAGGCGAACAGUCCCAUGCACAUGACGGAGAUUAACACCGAUGGGGUGUCCUCUCAAUCUGACUACGGUAGCAUGAAAGUUAACGACUCGGGAACCGCCAGCUACGUCGGUGCUGAUCACUGGGUCGCGGUUCUGGAUGGGAUUUCCGAGCUCAGAGACUAUUUUGAGACCGAGGGAUCGCAGCAGCAUACCCGACGGGUCUCUGACCCACCCUAUUCAGGGACCACGGGGCCGCUGCUGCUAUCUGGUUGUCCCCAAUAUGCGACCAAGGAGGAUAUUCUGGCUUCUAUGCCAGAGCGGUCCGAGGUAGACAGACUUGUGUCCUGUUACUUCAAUUCUUUUGACAUGUCCCCAGCUGUUCUACACAGGGUGGAAUUUCUGAAAGAGUACGAAGGGUUCUGGAGAUGUCCCUCCGAGACGUCGAUCAUAUGGCUAGGUCUACUCUUCGCUAUCAUGUGCUUAGCAGCGCAAUUCCAGCGAUUCAGGUUUGAUUCGGGCCUGCAGCCAAUGAUAUCUACCAAGCGAGACCCUCAGAUGAUGGUGGAAGCUUUCAGGGCCAAUAUCGUCCAGUGCCUGAUCCUUGGAAAAUACCACAAGGGUGGACCAUACGUGUUGGAAACAUUGAUCCUAUACUUCACCUGCGAGCACUUCCUCUGCAAAGAUGCCGAGAUUGGGAUCUGCCUUUUACUGGGAAUCAUUGUUCAGCUAGCUAUGCAUAUGGGCUUCCAUCGGAACCCCAAGCACUUUCAAGAUCAAGGAAUGUCCCCCUUCACGGGGGAAAUGAGACGGCGCGUGUGGGCUACCAUCAUGGAGCUGGACCUGGGGAUCUCGGCACAGAUGGGCCUUCCUCGCCUGAUCAAACCCUGGCAGGCGGAUACGGAGGAGCCCCACAACUAUCUAGACAGUGACUUUGACCAACACACGACAGAACUCCCCAGAUCACGCCCUGAUACCGAAAAUACGCCAAUGCUCUAUCGACUGUCUAAGUCACGUAUGAUGUCCACUCUGGGUCUCAUUCUAGACCUUGGCUCAGAUACUCGGCAGCACAAGUUCACCUACUCCGACGUCUUGAAAAUGGAUAGCAAAUUGAACGAAACGCAUAAUUCUAUACCUGAAUGUCUGAAAUGGAGAUCAAUGGCGCAUUGCAUUACUGACUCCCCGCAAAUCAUCAUGCAAAAACUUUUCCUGGAUGUCAUAUUCCACAAGGCAAAGAUCGUCCUACAUCGAAAGUUUCUUACCCGGCCACAAGACCAGUAUGAUUAUUCUCACAGGGCGUGCUUGGACGCAGCGCUACAAAUCUUGGAAUACCAGCAUAUUCUGGAUGAAGAGACCCAGCCCUUCUGCCAAUUGUACCAGGAACGCUGGCGCGUGUCCUCGCUGGUGAAUCAUGACUUCUUGCUUGCAGCGAGUGUACUUUGCUCGUAUCUGCAGCAGAACAGUGCGCCCCAGGGGGAAGCGAACACCGAACCGACAGAGAAAAUCUAUGGAGUCCUCAAAAGAUCUUAUGAUAUCUGGAUGCGCUCCAGCUCCUCACGAGAAGCACGAAAGGCCACCCGUGCGUUGGCCGUUGUUCUUCGAAAUCGCCACGCCAUACCUUCACCGUCGGCGAAUUAUGAUACUAUGUCCGAAGCCUCGCCAUUUGUUUAUCCGCCUAGUGAAGCAUUCAUGCAUACUUCAGAUUUUGAAGCGGAUUCGAGUUUCUCAUUCCCCUUCUUCGGCUCCCAAACACCGGGAAAUCUCACGAGUUCCAUGUUUAUGUCGCCCGAUCAGCUUGCAAUAUACUCCAUGGCCAAAGGUACCCGUCAAGGUGACAUUGAGCCCAGGCCUAUCCACCAAGAGGACCUCUUCGUGGGGGAAGAUACGCUGUAUGGAGGAUGGCCUCACCCGAGUAUCUCCGAUCUCUCUGCGGCUUUUUCACCGCUCGACGGGCAGGCUUCACAAUGGAUUGAUCUGCAGGGGGAGGGAGGUGAGAUGCCAGCAGCGUUGAGCGUAUCGCCGAAUGUCCCCUCAGACAACGUUCAGGCAGGUAUCUCAAGCAUCUCCGACAGCAAGGGCCCAGACACAGUACUGCAACUGUCAAUGCUGGUUGCUAAGAUCAACGAAACAAUAAAUACUCUGCAUAGACGUAGUUGGGCCACCGUCAACAACGCCAGCGACCUGGAUAACUACCCGAUAGGAAGCGUCCUGCAACUGUCUCGAGACUUCACCUAUAUUCUUCGAGGAAUGCAGCAGACAACACUGCUUCUAUCACCCGAUCUCGACGGUAACGAUCCUGUGCCCAAUCCCCGCAGACCUCAGCGAGAGACCGCCAGGGAGACAUUUUCCAGCGCUUCACAGGCGUCUCGGACGAGAUUGAAUGCAAAUAUCCUCACUGACGCUGAUGCAAGGCCUCUGGGGCUUACUGGAGUGAAGGGGAUCGGGAUAUCAAACGAGUUGCUGAUCAUCAGUUGUUACAUCUCCCUGACAAAUCUGUGCAGCAUUGUGUUGGAUCACUUUGAGAGUUACAUCCGCUUGCAAUCCGAGGCCGGGCCAAAGAGGGGGACCACGGUGGCUGAACCCUUCCAGAGUCCAGAUAUUCGGCUCAGAGAACUACCCUACGCAGGAGAGAGAUGGAGCAAAACUUGUACGGCUAUCCAUCUGUUGCUGGACGCUCUCCAAUCGACAGCAGAAGCUAUCGGGAUUUCCGAUUUUCUAGGUGAAAUACAACUCACAGGCCCCGACGACUCUGCAAUCAUGUUUCGGAAGCAAGAUAACGAGGCCUGCGCAGAGGUUAUUGGAGAGUUUGCGCAGAGUGUACUGAAGAUAGGGCUCUUUCGAAAGGGCCAGGAACCCACCCCGGACCCAAACAGCGAAUCCCUCCUCGCCUUCACAGGCAACUUCUAUGAACGCCAACGCAAGAACGAGCUCAUCAACUGCAUGAAGCGGGAGAAUGGCUUCAGCCGGCCCCGGCCGCUCGGCUCCAUCAGCGACGAGGAGCUGGAUUCCUUCGCGGGGGUGUUCAUACCCAGGGGACAUGCGCCGCUCAAGGAUCUGGGUGGUGAUAAGGAGGUUGGGGAUGGGUUGUUUAUAUAUAAGGGGUAUAAGAUCAUGUGCUGGAGCGAUGCGGAGGAGAAGGUCAUGGAGAUAAUGUUUAGUGGGGAGAUUGAGAAGGUGGAGUUGGCUCUGCGCAAUGAGGGGGCUGAGAUGAUUGAGGGGGGUAAGGAGAAGGCUGGGAGUAUUACUGUUGACCAUGAGUUGGUGACAGAUCUCUCGAAAGGCAACUCACCAGCAUCCCAUUGCGGCAGCUUGCAAUCGACUACCAACUACGUCAACAGCGCUCAUUGGGCUGCUGUUCUUGAUGGGAUUGCUGAGCUGAAAAACCAUCUCAACGAGGAAGGAGAAGUGCAAGAUGAUACUCCACUGGAUGAGCUCUCUUUUGCUGAGCGGGGCGGUCCGCUCCUUUAUGGGUGUACCGGGCUUGCGACGAAGGAAGAGAUUCUGGCGACAAUCCCAGAGCGGCUGGUUGUCGAUCAGUUGAUUUCACGCUAUUUCAAUUCAUUCGAUAUGUCCCCAGGUUAG